CAUAAAUGCAAUCCAACGUCCUUGAAAUACAUGAACUAUUACGACCCGAAUAAAGCUUCUGUCUUUGAAAUAGGUGAAAUUAAAGAAACAAACAACAAAAAAGUAGUACCUGAGAUACUAGUGCAGAUCCAAAAGCAAACGCAGCGCGGGGAGUACUUCAGUCGAUGGAUCGGGUUAUCAAAGCCGCGAGGAGCUCUGGUUCUCUCAAUCUUUCAAAUCGUAAUCUCAGCCAAGUGCCCGAUGAGGUAUAUAGAAGUACGAGUGCAGUUGGGGACGAUGAGAAAUGGUGGGAGGCUGUGGAGCUACAAAAGCUCAUUAUAGCUCAUAACAACAUUGAAUCACUGAAAGAAGAGCUGAGAAAUUUGCCUCUUCUGACUGUGUUAAAUGUCAGCCACAACAAACUUUCCGAGCUUCCAGCUGCAAUUGGAGAGCUUACCAUGCUCAAAUCAUUAGACUUAUCGUUCAACUCAAUUCUAAAGUUGCCUGAGGAAAUUGGAUCAGUAACUUCUCUUGUCAAACUUGAUUGCUCGAACAAUCAGCUUAAAGAACUACCAAGCUCACUUGGAAGAUGCUCAGAUCUAUCAGAAUUCAAGGCGUCAAAUAAUGUUAUCAUCAGCUUGCCAGAAGAUCUAGCUAACUGUUCAAAAUUGAUGAAACUAGAUGUGGAGGGUAACAAGCUAACAAUCCUAUCUGAGAAUUUGAUUGGAUCAUGGACCAUGCUUACAGAACUCAAUGCAUCAAAAAAUAUGCUGAGUGGAAUACCAGAGAAUAUUGGAAGCCUAUCUCGUCUUAUCCGUCUUGACCUUCACCAGAACAAAAUUUCGUCAGUUCCACUUUCAAUAAAGGGUUGUUCUUCCCUUGCGGAGAUCUAUAUGGGGAAUAAUGCGCUGUCUACAUUACCAGCGGAGAUGGGGGCGCUUUCUCAUCUAGGAACUUUAGAUCUUCACUCGAACCAGUUGAAGGAGUAUCCAGUGGAGGCAUGCAAAUUGCGUCUUUCAUUGUUGAAUCUUUCAAACAAUUCAUUGUCUGGAUUGCCCCCUGAAUUGGGCAAGAUGACUACCCUGCGAAAACUUUUGCUUACCGGAAAUCCUUUACGAACUCUUAGAAGCUCAUUGGUUUCUGGAUCAACUCCUACUUUAUUGAAGCAUCUUCGAAGUAGACUUUCUGAGAAUGAAGAUGCAGAAGCUACAACUACAAAAAAGGAGGAUGUUAUUGCCAUGGCCACUCGAUUAUCAAUCGCUUCAAAGGAACUUUCUAUGGAAGGGCUGGGUUUGACUGUUGUCCCAUCAGAAGUAUGGGAGUCGAGUGAGGUCACAAAAGUUGAUCUUUCUAGGAAUUCCAUCCAAGAGCUUCCAGUUGAGCUUUCAUCAUGUGUCUGCCUUCAGACUUUAGUUUUUUCCAGGAACAAGAUUAAAGACUGGCCAACAGCAAUUUUAAGGUCACUUCCUAAUCUGUUGUGUUUGAAGCUGGACAAUAAUCCACUAAGACAGAUUCCACCGGAUGGAUUUCAAGCAGCCCCUAUGCUUCAGGUUCUCGAUCUAAGCGGUAAUGCAGCUUCAUUACCAGAGCAUCCAUCAUUUUCCAGCUUACCACAUUUGCAAGAGCUUUACCUGAGACGAAUGCAGCUACGAGAAGUCCCAUCAGAUAUCUUGAGUUUGCAGCAACUGCGGAUCCUUGACUUAAGCCAAAAUUCCCUCAGAUCGGUUCCAGUGGAGUUCAAAAAUCUUACUUCACUCACUGAGCUAGGCCUAUCUGACAAUGACAUCUCAACGCUUCCCCCAGAGUUGGGUUUGCUUGAACCUAGCUUACAGGCCUUAAGACUUGAUGGAAAUCCAUUAAGAAGCAUCCGGAGGACGGUUUUAGACAGAGGAACCAAAGCUGUUCUGAAUUAUCUCAAGGACAAAAUUGUUGAAGCUUAGAAUCUCUGCGCAUCAUUUCUUGUCCAUCCAGACGUGCUGUCCCACUCCACAUGCCCAAGUUCUUGAUUUGAAGACCGCGGUGCUUGUAUGGCUCGUGUGUCGUGUCGCAGCUUGUAUCAUUUGAGUUUAUUAUUGAUUUUGGAUUCCAUUAUCAUGGAAUAUACUUGCCAAGCUUCCACACCCCUACCUAUUUAAAUUCCAGAUCAAUUGUGUGUUUGGUUUUGUUGUUGUAAUUGGAGCUUAGACUUGUGAGUGCUAUGUGAAUGUACCAAUAAAACAUUUUACAGAUAAUAAUAACGAUAUUACAGAU